AUUCCAGUAGCGCAACCAUGACCACUGCUCUAUCGACUUGAAUUAGAUUCAAUUGACGCUGUAAAUACGACCGAGUUUUUCGAUUUUCUGCACGAACCCAUCCGAGUUGUUACCCCAUCGUCAACACAAUGCUAUUCUGCGGCGGAGUCCAAGGUCCACGCCGUCGCAAUCGCGAAAAGGCCAUCCUGGUGACCAUUUUCAUCAUAGGCGCUUUGUACUUUCUGUUCUUCGCGAAGAAGUCUGAACACCGCAAAUUCGUAUCCCAUAAUUCAGUAUCUUAUGAAGGUUCACAGCGAAAUCCGCAUUCGGGACAAGUUUCCCCGUCGUCAGUGCCAAAGUCGCAGACUCUCCAGAAGGACCUGGUUGUUGCCAGUAUGAAGAGAGACGACGUCUCCUGGCUAUAUGAUAACUUUCCCGAAUGGCAUAAGAGUAUCUACGUGGUGGAUGAUAAGCAGGCGAAGUUGACAGUGGACUUGAACAAGGGCAGGGAAUCUAUGGUUUACUUGACAUAUAUCGUCGAUAACUACGACAACCUCCCCGACGCGAUGCUAUUCAUCCACUCGCAGAGAUACCAGUGGCACAAUGACGACCCCUACUACGACGGUGUCCCCAUGCUCCGCAAUUUCCAGCUCCCUUACCUCCUAAAGCAAGGAUACGUCAAUCUCCGCUGCGCCUGGGUUCUCGGAUGUCCGGUAGAGAUCCACCCGCUUACUGAUACACAUCGUGACGACGUCCAUGCAGGCGAGUACUUCAAGACUGGUUUCAUGGAGCUCUUCCCUGGUGUCGAGGUGCCGGAGGAAGUUGGAGUUUCAUGCUGUGCGCAAUUCGGUGUCACGCGAUCGAAGGUUCUUGAGCGGCCAAAGAGCGAUUAUGUACGGUUCAGGAAGUGGUUGGCUGAGACACCGCUGCAGGAUGACCUUAGUGGGCGCAUCAUGGAAUAUUCAUGGCACAUGAUCUUUGGAAAGGGCCCCGUUUACUGUCCCACUGCCGAAGAGUGCUACUGCAAGGUGUUCGGGUUGUGCGACCUAUCUUGUCCACACGAGGGAGACUGCGCUGGACGCUACGUGCUCCCUCCCUUUUCUUCACUCCCAGAGGGAUGGCCGUAUAAGGGUUGGAAGGGCCAGGACCAGGACCCCACCAAGGGUUUGCCUGAAGCUUGAUUGUUGCCAAGCUGAUGCAGCCAUGCCCAGUACGACGAACGCGGUAUUCUGUCAGGAAGCCGGAGACACAUCGACCCUACCGUACAACGCCCGCACCAGACCAUGCCUGCGUGUGCUUGAGCAUGCAAUAUGUCGCGUCCACAGCCGAUAUGGCCUGAUGGUAGUCGGUCAUUACCCGAGGCUUUGCCACCAGUCUGUAGACGGCUAUUUAAGACAUACAGAUGUCUGCUCCUACUCGGAUGUGCCGGAUGACUGGAGGCAUUGCAUGCUACGGCUACCACCAGGACCCAACCCACAGCGGUCGGAUGGCCUGAUCUGUCUGCCAGGCCUACACACUGCUACCGCCAUUCUGCAUAUCAUUUGGGUCUACGGUUCUAUUUCAUGAAAGUCAUGACAGAUUGAAUGCGGGUAUAUUAGAC